AUGACAGAGGUCGAUGUCCGUUCAGGUAUGAAUGGAAUACCGGCUUCCAGGUUGACCCCUGAGCCUCCAAAGAAGCGGGUAUUCGAUGAGCUGGAAACCACUGUCCAACUUAGUACUGCAUCUGCAACGAAAUCCAAUGUCGAUAAUGCCGUUGAUUUGAGUAACUCUACUACUCCUGCCCCGUCCUCGACAAACGCAGGACCAGUUUCCGACAAUGCCACCCAUCCAUCACCCACCAAUGACGUAACUACUGGUCAAGUCCCUUCUACCCCCAAAGCAAAGCCAACAAACCCGAACAAAAAACGCAGAUUAUCCCCCGCAAGCAAGGAGGCUAAAGAACGACAGAAGGCAGAGGAAAAGGCUAAAAAGGAAGCAGAACGAAAAGCAAAAGAGGAGGAGAAGAAAAAGCGGGAUGAGGAAAAAGAAGAGGAACGUAAAGUGAAAGAGAAGGAGAAGAAGAAGCGAGAGGAGGAGAGGGAAGAGAAACGACGGCAGAAAGAAGAAGAGAAGCAAGCCAAGGAAGAUGAAAAGCGAAAAAAAGAGGAAGAAAAGCAAAAGAAAGAGAGGUCCCAAAUGAAACUUAAUGCUUUCUUCACAAAACCAAAGCCCACGCCGAGCUCAACGAAAGGAACCGAUGUUAAUGCUACUGGAGCGACUGCUAUCUCGGCUUCCGACUCGACCAACAAAGAAUCUAAGCCUUCUUCGGACUUCGAACUUGAAUUCCCGCCCUUUUUCGUUCAAUCGCACGUUAAGCUGGCCCCUACCCAUCGAUUUGGACGAGAUUCAAGCUCAUUAGGCUACGCUUGCGAGAAGCUUGACAGUCUUUGUAAAUCAGCUUUUGGGCUUGCCAAUGAUGAUAACCCAUCGCAGCAGUAUAAGCCUGCUGAAGUGUUUCAGAUGAUAUCAUAUAGACGUCGUCAGGGUGAUCCUACAACCCCAUCUGUGAAGGAAAUUCUCCUUAAGCUGCAAGACCCUGAACUUAAUAGUAUUGGCCUUACGGGUACGAAUGGCACACCAACCCAGGUUGAGAAAAUGCUUCGAAAGAUACCCAUGAAGGUUUUAAAUUUCAGAGAAGAUGUUAGGCCGCCGUAUCAAGGCACCUUCACUAAACGAUUAGAGCAGAGGGCCGCUCGAAAGCUAUGCCGAAACCCCUUUUGGCGCGGUGUACCUGAUUUUAAUUAUGAUUAUGACUCGGAGGCGGAAUGGGAGGAGCCAGAGGAAGGCGAGGACAUUCUUUCUGAAGGGGAUGAUGAAGUCAGUGACGAUGGAGAAGAUGAUAUGGAUGAUUUCCUUGAUGAUGGAGAAGACGAGUCAGCCAAUACUAAACGGAGAAUGAUCGUUGGGGAGCUCGAACCGAAAUGCACAGGAAUAUGCUGGGCUGAAGAAAACGCGGACAAUACAAUAUUAAAUCAACAUAGAAUGGAAAUUAUACCAGACAAUAUAACGUUUCCUAUUGACCCUUUUUCUACUCAAUAUUGGGAGACAAAACCGAAGGUAUCUCCAGGGCAAUCAACCUUCAAAGUUCCUCAUAGGCCAUCCACGGUUAAAAAGUCUUUAUCGAAAUCUCAGCAACAAUCAUUGUUAUCACCCUCGUCGGCCGCGAAAUCCUCUAAGAAACUUACCCCAAUGGUAGUAGUACCAGUGGCUAGGCCUAAACCUCGAAUCCAAUUCCCAGAAGAUAAGCUUGAUGAAUUCAAGGAAGCUGUUUCGGGGAGCAAUCUAACCAAGGCUGGACUAAUCGAAGUUUUGAAGAAAAGAUUCCCCAAAGUCUCUAAAGAUAUCAUCAAAGAAACACUCACCGCAAUUGCGGCACGACAAGGUCAGAAGGAAGUAGACAAGAAAUGGGUUCUGCUUUAA